AUAAAAAAAUAAUUAUCUGUUUCAGCUCUAUCACAAGUGCAAGCAGCCGAGGAAAUCCAAGUGGACACGCACGAAGGGUCAACAGUGAUGCUGAAAUGUCGGUUCCCGCCAGUGCAAAAGAACGCGACGAGUUUCUGGCUGACUCACACGAACAACGUGCACGACAAUGCCGCGAUCGAUGACAAAGCCCUGUCGCCGAACUACAACGUCUUCAUGGACCUUUCCCAGGGUAUUUACGACCUGAAAAUCCUGAAUGUGUCCUACGAGCGCAACAACGGAAAAUACGAGUGUCGCGUGAAGAUGACCGGCAGUGGGGAGAAUCUUUUCCACCGGAACGUCACUUUGACGGUACUUAGAGCGCCAGGUCCUCCGUCGAUUGCACCAGCCUCUACCGCGGCUACUGAGGGCACGGAGCUCCAAUUACACUGCAACACCUACGGAGGCAGUCCCGAGCCAGAAGUUAAGUGGUACCGCGACAACAGCCAGCGGCUUCUCCACAGCGGACGUACGUACAAAUUCACACCGACCAAAGACGACAACGGGGCAAUAUUCCGGUGCGUAGUCCGAAAUCGCGCGAUGCCUGACGGCGAAACGCUCAACGCCUCCGUCAGGUUGGACGUGAAUUACUUUCCGCGGGUGACAGUCGGCCCGGAAAAUCCUCUGAAGGUCGAAGUAAACGGCAAAGCCGUCCUGAAGUGCAACGUCGACUCCAAGCCGAAGGUGAACAUGGUCAGGUGGUUGAGGGACGGAAGCUUCAUCGCAACCAGCUUCGAGCACACCAUCCCCCGGGUCGCGAUCCAGGACGUCGGAAAGUACACCUGCGAGGCGAACAACGGGCUGGACAGAUCCGGACAAGCUUCUUUGUACCUGGACGUGCUCUACAAGCCGAAGGUGACUAUCGAGGGCGAGUCCAUACGAAUUGCCGAGGUCGAAGACACGAUAAACAUCCACUGCAAUGUCUCCGCAAAUCCACCGGCAUCGAUUAUUGAGUGGACUCGCGAGGGUAGACCGGAAUUCCGUGAAUCCGGACCUCUGUUGCGGCUGAAUCGCGUCACCGCGGAUCAUGCCGGGAAUUACACUUGCCAGGCGAUCAAUAUAAUGCAUCCUACGGGCGGUGAGAGCAAGAAUUACUCAGAUCGGGCUAGGGUUAACAUUCGCAUUCGCCACAAACCAGGACCCGCCAGAGUUACUCCAGAUUCGCCGGUUGCGAUCGAAAACUCCCGAGUUAUACUGACAUGUAUGGCCAGCCCCGCGGGCUAUCCCGAGCCUGAGUACAAGUGGUGGAAGGAGGGCGACGACCAGGGCCAACAGAUGCCUAUUGAGACCACCGGACCGCAGUUUGUCAUACCUUCUGUCCAUCUAAUUAAUGACGGCACUUACAAAUGUCACGCACUUAAUGAAAUUGGAACGGGAGAAGCUGCUUCUAUUAAACUUACUGUCAAUCAGCCGCCCAAAAUUCUUACUAAACUUCAACCUCAUGUUACUAGAAAAGUCGGGGAGUCAUCCUUCUCGGUGAUGUGUGUCGCCCAAGGAAAACCAAAGCCAACAGUUCGCUGGUUAAAAGACGACGAAGAUUUAACCGCAGACACAAGCCUGUACAAAGUAGAAACGCGAGAGUCAUUAGGUCACGGAAACGUGAUCAGCGUGAACUCAACUUUAAGUUUCCUCGGUCACGCACGUCCCCAAACUGACAAAAUAAUCGCUAGCGACCGCGGAAAGUACACCUGUGUCUUCAACAACGAAGUGAAGCGCGUGGAGUCCCAGAUGAUGUUGAAGGUGGAACACGCGCCCAUAGUCCUUCACCGCCACAACAAAGUCGCCUACGACCUCGGAGGAACUGCCGAAGUGACCUGCAAAGUCCAAGCCUGGCCAAAGCCAGAGUUCCAAUGGAAGUACGGCUCAAACUCGGUUCCACUCCAAGGGUCAUCCAGCGAUGGGCACUACGAAAUUUGGACCACCAGCGAGAACGACGACAUUUACAACUCAGUCCUGAAAAUCACAGACAUCAAAGAGGCGGAUUACAACAACUACAGCUGCCACGCGAUAAACGCCCAAGGAGUGACCACUUCAGUGAUAACUCUCCAGUCUAAAGGCGCUCCAGAAAAACCGACCGACCUCACGGCCUUAGAGAUCGGGCCGACUUACGUGGCCUUGCAGUGGGAAAUUGGAUUCGACGGGGGUCUAGAGAUCACCAAAUACUUCGUGUCUUAUCGGCGAAUUCCCAGCGAGGAUGAAACUAUCGCCCCGGAUUGUGCGUCCCCUCGCAGCCCGGCCGGUCAGUGGAUAGAGCGCGAUUGCCGACGCGCUAAUCCCUGCAAUAUCACGGACUUGGAGCAGCACCAAAAGUACACCUUCAAGAUAAAGGUCUACAACACCAAAAACCACUCGGACUAUUCGGACGAGAAAACUUUCGUUACGACAGUCGCUAAAAUUCCGGCGCCCAACCGUGUCACCUUUGACCCGGAGAGCAGUAAUUUGGUGAUAAAUGUCGGACCGACUUGUCUCGCCGUGGUCGCGUCUAUCGAAAGGCUGGACAAUGGACCGAAUGAGGUCUGGAAAAUCGUCGACGAGUGGCUUCUGGAAGUUCUUGGCAGCUCACCCACUACCAAGGAUGGGAUUCUCAACGACCCAGAUAUGUCGAACGUCGGGUCACGACUCAGAGUUAGGCUCUGUCUGCAAUCGGACAAGCAGAAGUGCGGUGAUUGGACCGAAGCUGAAGUUGGACCGUCUUUAGUUCAAGCGAAUGCAAUAGCAACGCCAACAUUGAUCGCGAUAGUAGUCAGUGGCGCAGUAUUCCUCCUCUUUGCAGCUUUAUUACUUUUAUUCUUCCGAUGCAAAAGGAAACACACUGCUAAAGCCAAGGACUACGAAAUGGAUUCCAGCGCGGUACGACCAAGUUUGGUCACUGGAAAUGGACAGCAGACCCAAGCUCCGCCACCUUACUAUUCCGAGAACAAAGCUCUUGAGCAUAGUCUGGAUCGGGCACUCGCUAUGGAGGACUCUAAAACACCUGCUUACGCUCAACCGGCUUAUAAUUGGCGUCAACCCAAUCAUAUCAACGGGGAGAAUGGUGUCAACAUGGGGUACUUGGACAACAGCUAUUCCAAUUCAAAUAACGGGGGCUCCGUAAACUCCCAGGACUCUAUUUGGCAAAUGAAGUCAGCCGCGGCGAACGCCGCUAAUCCCCCUUACGAUCUCGGUGGGUACGCUGCCACCGAGUCUGAUUACCCGGCCCACCCUCACUAUCUUCCGCAACGUGAGGAUUAUCGAGAGAACCACAACCUCAGUAGACAGCAAUUCUGCCCUGAGCCUUAUCCCAAUGUUGUCAAAUCACAGAAACAUAUCGAUUCCCCGUACGAUGUAUCAGGACUACCAUAUCAAGAAGCGUACGACGAGGACGCAAAACCACCUCAACAAGUGAGCCUGUCCUACGACGAGAGUCUGGAGUCCGGAUACUCAACCCCCAACGGCCGACGGCCGCGAAUAAUAAGAGAAAUAAUUGUCUGA